UUCUGAUUCAAUUAGUUGAUUUUAGUACGGUUUGGUUCUAACUAAUCAAGCCUGAUGUCGAAGCAUCUUUCUAUUUCCGUAUAAAACGGUAGAACCUCCCGACCGGACUGCACGAUGCCCGUCGCCUCUUCAAAGCAACUGCUAUCGGCUAACGUGCGCAUAUCACAUUUCGUUCCGUUGGCUCUUAACUCUUCCCUCGCCUCACCGCUGUCUUGCUCCAUUUGUCCUAAAAGCUUAUCCUUAGCUGAGAAAGAGGUUAGAGUUUUUACGAAAGCAUCAAUGGCUGAUUUUGCUACUGGAGAGAGGAAGGCCAAAGUAAAAGUGUUCGAUUCAGAAGACGAAUUAAAGGCGUCUUUGGCGAAAUACACUGCCGAUUUAUCGGAGAAAUUUUGCGCAGAGCGAGGCUCCUUUUCCGUAGUUUUCUCCGGCGGGUCUCUCAUCAAGUGUCUCGGGAAAUUACUAGAACCUCCGUAUGUUGACUCUGUGCACUGGUCAAAGUGGCACAUUUUCUGGGUGGAUGAGCGCGUGGUACCAAAGGAUCAUCCAGAUAGCAAUUACUUGCUCGCUUAUGAUUCUUUUCUAUCCAAGAUACCCAUUCCUGCUGGUAAUGUGUAUGCCAUAAAUGAGGCCUUGUCUGCUGAAGGUGCAGCCAGUGGCGGAUCCACUGCUGUUCAAAAGUGUUCAACUGAACACUUAAAAUUUUCAAAACACAAUACCUUGUAUUCAUGGUGACUUCGUUUUGCAUAUUUUGGAAAAAUACAUGUCUAUCCGUCGUUUUUAAAUUAGACCUGUAGAAAAAACAAUUGCUGACAUACUAGUGGCCGACUGGCCGGCUUAGUGCGUACUAGAGUGCUAUUGGUCUACUGGUCUUCGAGGGAAUUUGGAAGAUAUAUAUGCUACUUUCCUUAUUAUAUUACAUGUCUAUAAAAUUCAAUUAUCAAUGUAGUUGAAAAAUCUUUCAACUGGUGUAGUAAUUGAAUGAAAAUUUACUACUUUAGUAUUGGUAGGUUUUAUUGAAAUAGAUAAGUGUAUAAUUUGUUGGCUAUUUAACACUAUCGUAAUUUUUUUUAUUGUAAUAAUGACAAAGUGUAUAAUUCUUGCAUAAAUUAAUACUCCAUAGUAUCAUUUGAAAUUGUAAUUUUUGUGUGAUUCCGAACACCCAAAAUAUAAUUGCUAGAUCCGCCACUGGGUGCAGCAGAUGAUUAUGAGACUUGUCUCAAGCAUUUGGUCAAAACCAAGAUAGUAUGCAUGUCUGAGUCUAGUGGAUUUCCACAAUUUGAUCUAAUACUGUUAGGAAUGGGUCCCGAUGGCCAUGUUGCUUCUCUAUUUCCUGGGCACCCUGUUCUCCAGGAGAAACAGAAGUGGGUUACGUUCAUUACGGACUCUCCUAAACCUCCUCCAGAAAGGAUCACUUUCACAUUACCUGUUAUCAACUCUUCUGCAAACAUUGCUCUUGUUGUACCCGGCGCUUCCAAGGCAAAAGCUGUGUAUUCAACAUUGAGGGAUGGCAGUCAAAAUCCCAUUUCAUUGCCGGUACAAAUGGUUUCGCCUGGAGGGGAACUUGUCUGGUUUUUGGAUAAGGGAGCUGCCUCAGAGCUCUAAGUAUGCAUGUAUAUAUGUAAUCUCAAUGGUUGUGUUGUGCUUUUGAUGGUUUCUCUUGUAUAUACAGGCAAUAAAGCGGAUUGGUAUACCUUUACACUCUAUAGGUUGAGCAUAAUAGGAAUAUAGGAUACCCGAUCCCAAUGUGUUUAAGGACUAUAUGAAAUGUAAUUCGUGUGAAUCUACAUGUAACUUCAAG